GCCAUUAGUGUGAGAUGGCCAGUCAUUCGAUGCCCAAUGGGCGAGGUUACGGCGAAGCCAAAUCUCCAACGAUAGCGCUGGCUCGGCAGAGCAGCAUCCGUAAAUCAUCCGCUGGGGACUUGGGAUCCAGCACACUUCCAUCGUUGGGAACGGCCGGCCGCCUUGUUGAUUACGAUGCAUUGAUUCGUCACUUUGACUGUCCUGUGUGCCAUGACUGGGUCACUCCACCAAUUGUCCAGUGCCGCAAAGGUCAUAUCGUUUGCGGCCCGUGUAAAUCCAAAGGCCUGAAGGCAUGUCCGAUAUGUAAGCAGCGCUUCAGUGAUGUACCCAACUGGAUGAUGGAACAGGUGUCGCUUGUCAUCGCCUUCCCGUGCAAGUUCCAGGGCAACGGCUGCCGUGUUUACAGUGAGCUGAUCCACAAGACGGCCCACGAAGCCCUAUGCUCCUUUCGGCCCGUUUCCUGUCAAUACGCCGUUCGUGGAUGCACUCAGAUAUUGCUCUAUCACCUGAUGGAGAAGCAUGUCCUCGAGUGCCGUUUCAAACCUCCUAAUCUACAGAAUCAGUUGAGUUCGUCAUCACACGGCAGCUCCAACAACUGAUCUGAAUUUGUUAAACGGUAUGGCCUUCUGACAGUCAACCGACGCGAGGGCCAAAUUAGAACGUUACUCCACGUUUGCAUUAACACAACACACUCACUCACACACAUACACACAGACGAAUCACACUAUAAAAGAAAUCUUACGUCUACGUGUUACUCAACUACAUUUGUAUUUGCAUUAUAUUUCACUUCUUUGAAAAUAUACUGUACAUCCCCUUCA